AUGCCGGGCGAUAUCCGCAGCUUCUUUGGCGGAAAGCCGUCCCAAGCGAGCCAGGAGAAGGCACCUGCGAAGAAGGAUACCGGAGCCGUUAAGCCGAGAGCUCGAAAUACACGCGUAGUCAUUGACGAUUCAGACGACGAGGACUUCAAUGCUGCACCGAAGAAAGCGACACCGAAGAAAGCCAGUCCUGCCAAGCGAACGAAGCGUGCACCGUCACCAGCAGGCGAAGCAACAACCACAACAGACUACUUCGGGGCCAAGAACAAGCCGAAGCGGUCGGCAGCAUCGAAAUCAAAGUCGGCGGUUACCGAAGAACUAUUUGAGCAAACACCAAAAGCUACACCAGUCAAGACCAACGGCAAGGCUGCGAAGAGCCUUGAGUCUACUCCUGCAAAGUCCGCGACCAACGGCCGAACGUCCUCCCGUAAGAAGAAGACGACUACAUACGCGGAGAUAGAGGACCAUGAUGAUGACUUUGUGGAUGGGCCGGAUGGGGGGGAUGAUGUUUUCACGGCAGACUUCAAGAGGGGCAGAAGGAAGGGCGAUGACUACAAGGAUGCCAGCGAUAACGAUCCUGAGCCAGUAGCACUGCCCAAGCGGGUGCCGGCGGAGAAGAGCAGGCAGAAGAAGCUGAUCAAGGAGGAAGAUGACUUUGACUCUCAAGACGAUGACGUUAACAUGCAAGAUGUCAAGCCAGAAGACGAUUUCGUUGUGCCGGACGACGAUGAGCGAAUUGUGGUCGACAAGCCUGCUAAAGCGCCAGCCAAGCGUGGCAGAAAGCGCAAGUCUCUCGAUGAUGAAGAUGAUGAAGAUGAGGAUGAGCCUCCAAAGAAAAGGAAAGGAACAAAAGCUACGCCUACUAAGAAGACACCGGCAAAGAAGAAGGCAAAGAAAGACGACGAACCCGAGAAUGCGACAAUGCAAGCAAUCUAUGAUAGCAUACCACUAGUUCGUCCACCUACGCCGCCAGAGCCGUCGGAUGAGGCGAAGAAGUUUCCGUUUGGAGGCCAUGCGAACAGCGGUCCUCCCCCGGCUGCAGGGGCGAAAGAUAUACCGACUGGCGCUGAAAACUGUCUCGCUGGCUUAACUUUUGUCUUUACGGGUCUGCUGCAGACGCUGAGCAGGGAGGACGGCCAAGCACUGGUCAAGCGGUACGGUGGUAAGGUGACUUCAGGUCCGAGCAAGAAGACCAACUUUGUAGUGCUAGGAAGCGACGCGGGACCAAAGAAACUCCAGACGAUAAGAGACAACGGUAUCAAGACCAUCGACGAAGACGGCCUAUUUGAACUCAUUCGGAAGCUACCUGCGAACGGAGGUAGCAGCAAAGCUGCCGCCGCGCACGCAGAGAAGCAAGAAGCCCAGUUGCAGAAGAUCAAGGAGCAAGCUGCCGAAAUGGAAAAAGCGGAUCGGCGAACCGGCGGUGCAGGCGGUGCGGGCACAGGCAAGGCUUCAUCGUCCGCCAAGGACUCUUCUUCAGGACCUGACUCGAGACUCUGGACCGUGAAGUAUGCGCCUACACAUAUUACCCAGAUCUGUGGCAACAAGGGACAAGUCGAGAAGCUUCAGAACUGGCUCAGGAACUUCCCCAAGAGCCAAAAAACCGGCUUCAAGCUUGCCGGUAAAGACGGCAGCGGUGUGUAUAGAGCCGUUAUCAUACACGGCCCACCCGGUAUUGGUAAGACGACCGCAGCCCAUCUCGUGGCAAAGCUUGAAGGAUAUGACAUCGUUGAGAGCAAUGCCAGCGAUACCCGUAGCAAGAAGCUGGUCGAGACCGGCCUCAAAGGCGUUCUUAGCACGACCUCGUUGCUCGGGUACUUCGCAGGCGAUGGCAAAAAGGUGGACCCCGGGAAGAAGAAGCUCGUCCUCAUCAUGGACGAAGUGGACGGCAUGUCCGCCGGCGAUCGGGGUGGUGUUGGCGCUCUCGCCGCUGUUUGCAAGAAGACGCAGAUACCUAUGAUCCUUAUCUGCAACGAUCGAAAGCUGCCAAAGAUGAAGCCGUUCGACUACUGCACGUACGAUAUCCCCUUCCGUCGGCCAACCACGGAAAUGAUCAGGUCACGGGUCAUGACUGUCGCCUUCCGAGAAGGGCUCAAGAUGCCCCCUCCCGUCAUAGACGCACUCAUCGAGGGGACCGGCGCCGACAUCCGACAAGUCAUUAACAUGAUAUCAACGGCGAAGCUCGAUGAAGAGGCCAUAGAUUUCGACAGCGGCAAGGCGAUGUCCAAGGCCUGGGAGAAGCACGUCAUACUGAAGCCCUGGGACAUCACUAGCAAGAUACUUGGCGGAGGCAUGUUCUCUUCGAGCAGCAAGGCCACACUCAACGACAAGAUCGAGCUGUACUUUAAUGACCAUGAGUUCAGUUACUUGAUGCUCCAGGAAAACUAUCUCAGCACUAAUCCGAUCCUUUCCAACAACUACAGUGGCAGAGAGAAGAACCUGAAGUGGCUUGAGCUGGCUGACAAAGCCGCCGAGAGCAUCAGCGACGGUGAUUUGGUCGACAGGAUGAUCCAUGGCUCGCAGCAGCAGUGGAGUUUGAUGCCGACGCACGCUGUGUUCAGCUUCGUCCGGCCUGCUAGCUUUAUCUCGGGCAGUAUGGCAGGGAACAAGAUGGGCUUCACGUCCUGGCUGGGCAAGAAUAGUACCCAAGGCAAGCUCACGCGCAUGGUCAAGGAGAUACAAGGUCACAUGCGCCUCCGCUCUUCUGGCGACCGACAUGAGAUCCGGCAGCAGUACGUCCCUACACUGUGGACCAAGCUCGUCCGAAGACUUCAGCGUGAGGGAAAGGACGUUGUGGACGAGGUCAUCGACCUCAUGGACAGCUAUUUCCUUACCAGGGACGACUUCGAUGCCAUCAUGGAACUUGGGGUUGGCCCUAUGGACCAAGAGAAGGUUACCAUAGAGACAGCUACGAAAUCGGCCUUCACGCGAAUAUACAACCAGAAAUCACAUCCGCUACCAUUCAUGAAGGCCAGCAAUGUCGUCGCGCCGAAGAAACAGACCAAGGAACAACCGGAUCUCGAAGAAGCCAUCGAAGAGUCCGAUGAGGGCGAAGUCGUAGAAGAAAUCAAAGAAGAGGACGACGAAGACGUCGACUUAUCGAAGGACAAAUACGUCAAGCAACCAAAGAAGAAAGCUGCCCCGAAGAAAGCGGCACCGCAGAAGUCCUCGGCUAAGGCCGGAAAGAAAGGAAGCAAAGCUGCCAAGGAAGAAGCGUCGGAAGAGGAGAGCGAGGAGGAGGUCAAGCCGAAGGGACGGGGCAAGGGCAAGGCGGCCACACGAGGGCGCGGGAAGAAGUAG